AUGGAGCCGAAAGAGAGCAAGCAGUCAAGUUUCACUCCUUUCCCAGCUUGGGAGACCUCGCAGAGGGGCCGGGAGGGAUCCCAGGAGAUCCCCGAGGGGAGCAGCUGGAGUCCAGAUGCGGCGGGUUGGGAGAGACGAAGGAGAACCCUGGCCGGGAGGGGGAGUCAGUUGGACAGAGUGGAGGAGCUGGAGAGAGAGCUGGAAGACUCCAGACGGCCGCUGUCCCGCGAGCGGGCCGGGAACCUGGACCGGGAGGAGUCUUCCUCCGAGGAGCUGCAGGCGGAGCAGCAGACGCGGGACCGGCGAGGGAAGUCGGGCCCGCGUGUCCCCACCGCCGAAGGCGAGGUCUCUCCCGAGGAGGGCGGCAAGGGCGUGGGGCAGCCCCUGAAGGAGGCGAGGAAGAGCUCCCAGUGGCAUCCUUUCCUCUGGUUCAUGAGCAAGCGAAGGGAGAAAGGGACGGGGCUGCCGGAUGAUGAAGAAGCGCGGACCACCACCGUGGACGGCGACGACAAGAGGAAUGCCGUGACAAAGGCGGAGGCGCCCGAGAGGACGCGCUCCUUGGAGAGGGCCAGAGGGUCCCGGCGAUCCAACUUUGGGUCCGUGUACAAAUUAAGUACCUGCUCGAAUCAUUGGGGCUCGUCUCAGUGGCCCCCUGGCUUCUGUCCGUCGGGCGUCAGUGUCUAUAACGAGCUGGCCAAGUUGGGCGACCCGGAUGUCCUGGAAAUGCUGCAGAAAGAAGAAAAAAUUCCCUCUAAAAGUUCAAGAUCUCCCGUAAAUGCGUUUAAAAAAGAACUACAAUGUCAAGGUUCUAUCUUCUUUAGAGAUGGGAUUAGGCAAAUUGAUUUUGUGCUUUCCUAUGCAGAGGAUCUAAAAAAAGAUGCAGAAUUAAAGGCGGAAAGAAGAAAAGUGUUUGAACAAAAUCUCAGAAAAACAGGUCUUGAAUUGGAAACUGAAGACAAAAUGAAUUCUGAAAAUGGGAAAACUUAUUUUGUCAAGAUCCAUGCCCCUUGGGAGGUUUUAGUAACUUAUGCUGAAGUGUUAGGAAUGAAAAUGCCGAUUAAGAAAGAAUAUAUUCCCCGGGUUCGGAAAACUUCUUUCACCGGGAGGCUCCCAAAGAAACUGAAACGUCUUUAUCCUGAAACUGAAAAUAUGACUGCCCAAUUCAGCAGAUACCGUCAGGAACUCUUCUUUAUUGAGGACCAGGACAAAUUCUUUCCAAACUCAGCAAGAAACAGAAUUGUUUAUUAUAUUCUCUCACGAUGUCCUUUUGGUAUAGAAGAUGGAAAGAAAAAAUUUGGGAUUGAAAGACUGCUAUGUUCUAGAACCUAUAAAUCUGCCUAUCCACUACAUGAUGGUCAGUACUGGAAGCCUUCUGACCCACCUAGUCCUGUCAAUGAAAGGCACCUGCUUUGCAAGGACUGGGCUGGGUUUGCCAAUUUUUAUAAGGAGCAGCCUUUAAAUUUGAUUAAGGAUUAUUAUGGAGAAAAAGUUGGUAUAUAUUUUGUCUUUCUUGGAUACUACACAAAAAUGCUGGUCUUCGCUGCUAUUGUUGGCUUUCUUUUUUUUACUUACGGCUUAUUGUCAGUGAAUCAAAAUACAACCAGCAAUGAAAUCUGUGACCCUGACAUUGGAGGUCAGAUUAUCAUGUGCCCACUCUGUGAUCUACUGUGUGAAUACUGGAGAUUAAAUUCUACCUGUUUGAGCUCAAAGCUCUCCCAUUUAUUCGAUAAUGAGUCAACAGUAUUCUUUGCAAUGUUUAUGUCAAUUUGGGUCACAUUGUUUUUGAAAUUUUGGAAACAACGACAGGCGAGACUAGAAUCUGAUUGGGACAUGGUGGAUUUUGAAGAGGAGCAUCAGCAACUUCAGCUGAGACCUGAAUAUGAAGCUAUGUGUAAAAAAAGGAAAAUUAAUGUUAUUACUAAGUUACCAGAAAUGGAGCCUUAUCUGCCUCUACGUAAACGUCUUCCAUGGUACUUUUUAUCAGUAGCCACGGUGGCAUUUUCGAUGAGUCUUAUCAUUGUGUGCAUGGUAGCUGUGAUUAUAUACCGUCUCUCAGUGUUUGCUACAUUUGCUUCCUUGAUCGAAAGUGAAUCAUCCUUAAAUCAAGUGAAGACAAUCAUUACUCCGCAGAUAGCUACAUCGAUUACUGGAUCAUGCUUGAACUUUAUUGUCAUCUUGAUCUUGAAUUUCUUUUAUGAUAAAUUAUCUGUCUGGAUUACAAAAAUGGAAAUUCCUCGAACUUACCAGGAGUAUGAACGCAGUCUUACCUUGAAAAUGUUCCUGUUUCAUUUUGUAAAUUUUUACUCGUCCUGCUUCUAUAUAACUUUCUUUAAAGGAAAGUUUGUGGGCUAUCCUGGAAAAUAUGUAUAUUUGUUUAAUACAUGGAGAAACGAAGAGUGUGAUCCUGAAGGCUGUCAAAUAGAAUUAACAACUCAGUUGCUUAUCAUAAUGACUGGGAAGCAGCUCGUUGGAAACAUUAAAGCAGCUGUUUAUCCCAUUACAAUGAAUUGGUGGAGAAGCCGAAAAGCUAAGUCCAACUCUGAAAAGCUGUACACUCGCUGGGAACAAGACCAUGACCUUGAAUAUUUUGGAUCUAUUGAGCUAUUCAAUGAGUACUUAGAAACAGUUAUCCAGUUUGGAUUUGUUACAUUAUUUGUGGCUUCUUUUCCUUUGGCUCCUCUUCUUGCACUCUUGAAUAAUAUUAUAGAGAUACGACUUGAUGCCUGGAAACUUACUACUCAGUACAGAAGACCUGUAGCUGCUAAAGCUCAUAGCAUUGGUGUUUGGGAAGACAUUCUCCAAACAAUGGGUUUCCUUUCUGUUGCAACUAAUGCCUACAUCAUUUCAUUCACGUCGGACACCAUUCCUCGUUUAGUUUACAGAUAUAUCUACUCAGAAGAUCCCCAGGAACCUCUGAAAGGAUAUGUCAAUAACAGCCUGUCAGUAUUCCUCAUAGCCGAUUUCACAACACAACCAACACCUUCAGAAAAGAGAAACUUCACUACUUGCAGGUAUAAAGAUUACAGAUUGCCUCCUGAUCAUGAGCAGAAGUAUGACCAUACUAAGAAAUACUGGCAUGUCCUUGCUGCAAGGUUUGCUUUCAUCAUAAUGACAGAACAUAUUGUGCUUUUACUUAAAUUUUUUUUGGCCUGGAUGAUUCCGGAUAUUCCAGCAGACGUUAAGGACAGACUGAAGAAGGAAAAGUUAAUAACAGCUAAGAUUAUCCAUGAUUUUGAAUUUAACAGAUUAAAAGAGAACUUGCUAUCCAAUUCUCCUGAAUUUAGCAAAGAUAACGUGACUGAGGAAAAAUUAGAAGAGGUGGUUUAAUAAGCAACCUAAUCAACAUAAUGAAAAGGAAGCUGUGGUCUGUAUGACUUGGUAAUUUUCCAAAAUUUGGUGUAAAGAGAUCAAAAACCAUGAGUCAGUUUAAGCGCUUCUUGUUCUUUUUAUCUUAGAGUUUUUAGCACAUUGAUAGCCAGUUUUCUCAGAUUGAAAGAAUGCUACCUGUCAAUUUACUGGCUAGACCCUCUCAAGAUAUUGUUUUAUUGGAUUUUACAAAUGAUUGUCAAAAUGUAGAUAGAAUCAGAAUAUUGAAAAAUUAUGGAACGUUGCCAUUUGAAAUUAAACACUGGAUUGAACUGACCCGUUAGUCCUCAGUGAAUCUCUUCAUUUUCAUG